AACAACACAAGACAACACAAUUAAAACCUAAGAGCUUUCGCAUAAGCACAACGGCCCUGCCGUAGGCCCCACCAGACACUCCAAACACACGAGGCGAAUAUCGAAUAUCUCUCAGAGGUUAUAUUUUCAAAAACACUUAUUACAAGAUGGCGUAUUACAUCUCACCCUCCCAACGCUAUAUAACUUCAUAUGAUACAGCGAAUAAUCGUCUUUAUUUUAAUCCAAUGCUAACCGUUUGUCCACCGAAAUGGACCUCCAAAGUAAUGACGGCCAUGCUCGUUAUAUCUGCCGUGGUCAUCAUUUUGUUCUUAUAUCAGCCUCUUCAAAGUGAGAUUAACAUACUGCUCAUUGAUGCUGAUGCGCCCCCGAUUUACAAAACCAACGAACGCUAUUUAAGUGUGGCGUUGGAUACUUCAUUGCUUGCCAAUAACUUUAAAGGAUUUGAUAUGCGAAGUUCAAAAUUACAUAUGAUGAUGUUGCCAUUGGGUGGAUCUUACUUACGCAUUGGUGGGACAAUGGCGGAUCGAUUAAAAUUCGCACCACGAAAGGCAAUGCAUGACACUCAUUUUACUUAUGAAGCAGACAACGGUCGCUGCGUUUAUGAUGGCCUUAACUGUCUAUUCAGCAAUCGUCCUAAUUUUACUUUAUCAAGAUCAGCUUGGACAUUGUUGAACCGUUUGGCUGUUUUAACCAAUUUUACAAUUCUUUUUGACUUGAACUCCUUACGUCGUACCAGGCGAGGUGCUUGGGAUGCAACAAACGCAAAGUCACUCAUUUCAUUUUCGAAUCAACAGAAAUUUGACUUGAUUUGGCAAUUGGGAAAUGAACCAAAUGCGUAUAGACAUACUUUCAACUAUGAAGUCACAGGAGAGCAAUUAGCGGACGAUUUUAAAAAGUUGCGGAAUAUUUUAAACAAAUAUCCCAGAUAUAAAAAUUCGCUUCUUGUGGGACCUGACAUUACUAAACCAAAACUCUUUAAUGAAGAACCAAGGCAAUUUUUGCUUGAUUUCUUGAUAGAGUUGGAUAGAAAUGUUUUAAACGCAAUCACAUGGCAUCAAUAUUAUUUUAAAGGACAAAAUGCACCUCUUAGCAAUUUUUUGAGUCCAGAUGUUUUUGAUAUGCUUGAAGAUGAAAUCACUGCUAUUAAAUUUGUUACAAAACAGGCCUUUAAUUCAGAUCUGCCCAUCUGGUUAGGAGAGUCAUCAUCAGCUUACGGUGGAGGUUCCGCGAAAUAUUCUGAUAAAUUUGCAGCCACUUUUAUAUGGCUGGAUAAAUUAGGUCUGGCUGCGAAAAACGGUAUCGAUUUAAUCGUGAGACAAUCGCUGUUCAAAGGACACUAUGCUUUAUUGGACGAGAACUACGAUCCCAAUCCGGACUGGUGGGUUAGCGUUAUUUACAAAAAACUAGUUGGUCAAGAAGUCAUUGAUUGCAUGCUUAGAGGAAAUCGCCGUGUGCGCUUAUAUUGUCAUUGUGCGAAUAAACAAAAUGGAUAUUUGAAUGGCUCUGCACUAGUUGUAUUUGGAAGUAAUAUGAAUUAUUCGCCGGCAUUAGUAAGACUACAAGAAGUAAAUUCAGAGUAUCAAGACACAUUAAACUUUCUUGAGUUUCUCAUUCAAACUCAUGCAUCAAUUGUAUCAAAGGAUAUUUAUUUAAACAACGAGCUACUUAGGAUGCAAACAAAUGGACAAUUGCCCAAAUUUCAGCCAAGAAAUAUAACAUCCAACAUCAUUACUAUACCUCCCUACACACUGGGUUUCUGGUUGAUUCCGGUUUCAGCGUGUUAGAAAAAUAUGUGUAAUAAUUAUGUAAAUGCGAAUAAUUGUGAUGUACUUCAUUAAAAUUCGUAGAAUGAAGUCAAA